AUGGUGGACAAACUUGAGCAAGAAGCUGACUUUGAUAACAAACUGUUCAAUGAUCCUGUGGAGCUAUUGAUGCGGAUCAAGAAAUUUAUGACGACUACUGUUGAUACAGAAUGGGAAUAUUUUGGUCUGUGGAAGACAAUGAGCAAUCUGAUUAAUUGCCAUCAAAAGGAGAAGGAAAACAUUGCAAGUUUUUGUAAACUAUUUGAAGAAAGGGCAAAGGCAUUGCAAGCUUUGCUUGGUGAUGAUUUUUUGGACAAAUUUACUGAGAAGAGUCAGGAAUAUGAUUUAUUGGGAAGCCAUGCUGAACGAUCCCAACACAAGAAGGAAUCAUGGGAAAGAUUCAUGGCCACCGGAUUUCUGUAUAAUUCUGAUAGAGCCAAGGAUCAAUCAAGAAUUGAUGGAAUGACGGCGCAGUACACGUUGAAGCAUCUGGACUUCAAACAAUGUUGUACAUUUCCAACUACUUUGGAAAAUGCUGCUGAUGUUUUGAAUCAACACAAGCACAAUAACAGGAAGAAGAAUUCGAAUGGAGGAAAUUAG